AUUUGAGUUUUCCUGGAAUCCUUGUAAGCCAUCCAGCCUUCAUCAGCCAACCACUCCAUCCUAUCAUGCCUGCCCCAGCCCCAGCACUACCACCACUUCACUCAAACCCAAACCCAAACCACAACCCAAACCACAACUCAAAACCCAACAACCUCAACUCAUCGAACAACGAACAUCAAAAACCAACUACUACUGGCAAUAGUCCCAACAACCUCAACACAAACGGGCUCUCGAACAGGAUCGACCUAUUGGACUCUGAACAUGGGAGGAUACUCUGCAUCGCCGACCUCCGGGGUGCGAUCUCCCAAAUCAACCACCUCGCCAAACAGUUCAAUGCAGUGGCUGUCAUCCAUUCCGGCGACUUUGGAUUCUACGAACCAUCCUCCCUCGAUAGGAUCUCCGAUCGUACCCUACGUCAUCUCAUUCAAUAUUCAUCAUUAAUCACUUCCCAGUUCAGAUCCCAAUUACUCGCCCCAAGUAUGAACGCACACUCCAUCCGACAGAUGAUCCUCUCACCCCCUCAACCAUCCUCAUCCUCAUCACCCGAGCCCACAAACCAAACUCAAAACUCGUCCGCUGAAUUCCCACUGUCUGAGUUCCCGGAUCUACUGACUGGCAAGCUCAAGUUGGACGUACCCGUUUAUACCGUCUGGGGGGCAUGUGAGGAUGUUUCUAUCCUCGAAAAGAUCCGUGCCGCCGGUCCAUCCCUCCUCAAGACCUCCUCUCAACCCGCCAAAGCUUCAGAAUCAAAUCAAAAACUUGGAGCUCUAUCAGCAUAUUCGAUCCCCAACUUAACCGUCCUAGAUGAAGCUACCACUCGAUGCUUGGUAUUGGGUGGAAUCAGAUUACGGCUGUUCGGUUUGGGUGGUGCGGUAGUCCCACAUAAACUAUUCGAUAAUGGUGAAGGGGCUGCAACGAUCGCCGGUGGGCAAGGCACCAUGUGGACAAGCAUCCUCCAGAUCGGUGAAGUCAUCGAUACCGCUCAACGUGUCUACGAUCCAACCGAGACUCGGCUAUUGAUAUCUCAUGCCAGUCCCGGUCGAGAAGGCUUAUUAGCACAACUGGCACUCGUCUUGAAGGCCGAUCUGACCAUAUCCGCCGGUCUGCAUUUCCGCUAUGGCGUCAGUUACAAUGAAUUCAGUGUCCAACACGAUCAAGAAGCUUUUCGUGCCAAGUUACUUCAUGCCAAAGCUACAUUCAACGAGAUUUGGGAUACAGUCAAGAAUCAGGUCGAUGCUGUCAUCGACGACCAUCAACGCCAACUGCUUUCCAAUGCCUUAGCAGUAGCCAAUCGUGUCCCUGCUCCGCCCCCUCCGGGCUCAGGUACCGCAACUGAGGAACCUGCCUGGAAAAAUUCAUGGAACUGGAACUUACCAGACGCAGCUUAUGGAAGUUUGAUAUUGGACAUCAAAGAAGGGCGGAUCGGUGCUGAAAUGCGCAGUCAAGGCUUUAAUUUUGCGUACCGGUCUCAAGCACAAUCGAAGCCACCUAGCACACCUUCUCAGAUCAAUCCUCGAACGCCUGUCGCACACGUAUCCACUUCUGCAGCAAAUCCCAGUGAUAACCAAGGCCCCCAAUCGCUGGCACGACCUCCCAAUCAAUCCUCUAGUCAGGCGCCUUCCUCUUAUGGAAAUAAAUCAAUGCCUUCAAACCUCGUCUCAGGCCAUACAAAAAAUCCUUCAUCACAGCAACAUCAGCCCGAAUCCUCUACUCCACCUGCCCCGGGCGGACCGAACAAUCAUGCUCCUCGCUCCCAUCAACAACAUGGCGGCAACCAUGGAAAUCAGAGCAAUGGGCGCAAUCCAAAUCAGAACUCCAACCCGCAGCAUCGCUACUCGAAAUCGCGAGAGGAUAGGCGCGAUGAGGGCCUACGUACACCCACCUCGACCCUAUCCAACUCAGGACCUCUCGGCGCCGAUUCUAGCGCUAAGUCAGCUACCCAAGCACGACCCAGAUUUGGAGCAGAUGAGCCAACAAAGAACUCCAACCCAGGAAACCAAGAUUCAACAGCAUCUACAGGUGUUUCUCCUGCUCCCUCGCGGAAAUCCUCGUUUGCUGGUAAGAAAAAGAAAGGCUCCUCCGGUGGACAAACAGCUGGUUCGAGGAGUGAUACCGAUCGUGCAGCUCCAGACAAAGGUGAUGGCGACGCUGAAACAGGGACUGCCAAGAACGGAACGACCAGUGUCGGACCUGCCAAAGAGGUGAAAGGAAAGAUCGAUAGUGGACUGGCCGAAGAGAAGACAGAUUCCAGUGACAAACUCGUCAAAAGCAACACCAAUUCUACCGAGUCAACUCCGACAACCAUGAAUGGUGAUGGCGCUAAUAAUCACAACUACCGAGGUCGCCCUGGAUCGCGAGGUAGGGGAAGUCAAGGGCAAUAUAACAUGAGAAACAACCGGGGUGGGCGUGGUGGCGGACGAGGGAUGGAUAGGGGGGAGGGCUUUAAUUCUCGCCCUGCCGGUCCAGGUCUCGUGGGGCCGGCGCUUGCUGGAGCGGGUAUCGGAAACAAGAGUUCCAAUAACAACAACUCUUCCACUACAAGUGGAACUACUGGCGCGGGAGAUAAUAAAUAAUAUAAACACCCAGAUUCAAGCAGAAGCGAAAAAAAUGAAGGUCUGGCUUGCAGACUCCAAGAAAAGAUAAUGCUUUGAAAGUAACAAUCAAAAAAUGAUGCCGAAGGACGAAUAAAUGAAUAAAAAUCGAAUCAAAUUCUUUUGAAUUAUCUUUUGGUUGCCCAAUGGAAUUGUAGUGAAGUGCUCUUGAAUAUGCGCGUUUACACAUACACACUUUAGGUUGUCUACAAAAAAAAAAAAACAAGAAAACGUUCCUAAAAAAUCUGGUUCAAUAAUUUUCAGUUUUUUUUUUAAAAUUUUUUUAAUUCAACACAACCUUAAUUUCUCUGUUAUUCUCUUCUGUCAUGACUGAUUCGCCUUCUCUAAUAAAAGCCAGUAAAAAACCAAAAACCUGAAAUGAAACGAAAUGAAGAAAUGAAACCAAUG